AUGUUUCUCGCUUCAAUAGAGCUUCACGACAUUGUCUCACAACAGUCUUUAACUCUGCUAACCAAUGGCAUUUCAUUAAAUGACCUCAGAAUUACUUUAUCCGUUCAAGGUACUCCUGAUCAGAAAUGCAUUAUGGACAAAAAGCUUCAAUUUAAUCAUCUGAACAAUAACAUAGAAUUAUUUUCUUCUUUUAAUUACAAGAAGACAAAGGUGGAAGACCUUAAACCGUAG